AUGCGACAACUCGAAUGUCUAAAACGACAAUUUGGUGAAGUUAUGACAGAGCAGAAAGUUAUUCAACAGCUGGCUGAAAAGGAGAGAAAGAAGAUGAAACCAACACCGCAAUCAGUUAAUAAACAGAAAAACAAAAAAACAAAACCGUCAAAACUCGGAUCAUCAAAUAACCAUACACCAAAUGUUUUACCUUUCACUAUGAAUUUAGCACCUGCACUUAUAACAUCAAAUUUUUAUUCUUCAUUUAAUCCAACCAAUAUUUAUUCUGAUAACGAAUGUAAUACAUCCCUCCCAGGUCCUGGUAAGUCUUAAUGUAUUCGCAUGUACGAAUCAGUUAUGUAAAUGAAUUUUGAUUUAUAUUCUAGAAUAUGAUUUUAUG